UCCUGUCUCUCAUCAUGGCGUAGGAUCAAGGGGAAAAGGAGAACCCCAUGCGGGAGCUGCGCAUCCGCAAGCUCUGCCUCAACAUCUGCGUCGGGGAGAGCGGGGACCGACUGACGCGGGCAGCCAAGGUCCUGGAGCAGCUCACGGGCCAGACUCCGGUCUUCUCCAAAGCCAGACACCCCGUCAGGUCCUUUGGCAUCAGGAGAAAUGAAAAGAUUGCUGUCCACUGCACAGUCUGUGGGGCCAAGGCAGAAGAAAUCUUGGAGAAAGGUCUAAAGGUGCUGGGUAGGCCAGGUUUCAGCAUCGCAGACAAGAAACACAGGACAGGCUGCAUGGGGGCCAAACACAGAAUCAGCAAAGAGGAGGCCAUGCGCUGGUUCCAACAGAAGUAUGAUGGCAUCAUCCUUCCUGGCAAAUAAAUUCCCAUUUCUAUCCAAAAGGCCAAUAAAAUGUUUUCAGUAAAAAAAAAAAA